AUGGCGGUUGUUCAAACGCAUCGCUUCAACUGGAUGGGCUACGAGGGCACGGAGUCCGAGACGCUCAACAUUGCGCUGCUGCGCCCGAGCGACAUGGGCCACCUGCGCAACAACGACUGCAAGCAGCGGCAGCAAAUAGUGGCGGAUAUCCGUCUGCGGCUGAAGCUCAUCAAGCGCGACCUCGGCCUUCUGCCACCGGAGGAGAAUGGUGAUGCGGUGAAGGACACUGCGGCUGAGGACGACGCCUUCCUCGAGCUCGAUGCCGAGUCGCCAGCGCGCGCAAGGGAGGCCGAAAUGGCGGCGCAGCUGGCGGAGCGGCGGCGGAAGCUGCUGGCCAAGUACGGCCCGGUCGGCGACAGCGACGAGGACGAGGAGGAGGAGGUGGUGUACCUCUACCCGAAACCGCCGUCGCCCGCGGAGGUGGGCGCGGCAAUGAGGGGCGUGAGCGGCGGCGUGAAG